AUGGCAUCCGACGCCCAAGCCCCAACCAAGACGUACCGCGGCAACUGCCAUUGCGGUGCAUUUGUCUAUGAGGCUACUAUCCCCGAGAUCAAGUCUGUUAUGGAGUGUGGGUGCAGCAUCUGCUUUAAGAAGGCCUAUCUUUUGCUCUUCACCCCAGCCGCCACCGUCAACAUUGUCAAGGGUGACCUCGAAAGCCUCACCACGUACCAGUUUGCAAAUAAGAAGAUUGAUCACAUGUUCUGUCCCAAAUGCGGUGUUGCUGUCAUCGGCAAGGGUGAUACCCCCAACGGCCUUUUGUAUGCCUUGAACGCCCGUUGCAUACAGGGCUUGGACACCGCCGCCUUGACAAAGAUCCCCGCGGGCGGCGACAAGACUGAACCACAGAGGGUGACGCCGGUCUACUCGGGCCCGAACCCUUCUGCCCAAGUCGAAGGAUCCCUGGACUACUAUGGUAGCUGUCACUGUGGCGACGUUACGUUCGUCAUGCGCAGCAAAAAAUCGACGGAAACUAUGUCGGCCGUGGCCCGGCUGCUGGAGUCGUUGAAUUAUGGUGUUGACUGGAUAUACCCCGAGCUGAAAGAAGUUGUCGUCCAAGGCGGCGAUUCCAUCACGAACUAUAACUUUUCGUGGGGCAUCAUCAACAAGUCCUUUUGCAAAAAGUGCGGUGUUCUUAUCGGAAGCAAAUUUAGGGAUCUCACCCAGGACGAGGUUGAUGGUUUGGGCGAAGCAGCAAAGGCUUUCUAUUUGAGAGCGAAUAACCUCCAGCCCGUGAACCUUCGGGCACUGGACAAUUUUACCUUGGAUGGCCUGGACAUCAAGAUUGUCGAUGGCACCAAGUUCGGUCGUGACUACGUCGAACCCUGA